CCUGAGCACUCAGGGUUGGUUUGGGGAAGGUGAAUUCCAUCCGCAUCCCACCGGGGAUGUGCCACGGCUGCUGCACGCCCAGCUCCAUCCUGAGCCUGCUGGCAUCCAGGAUUCCCACCCUGCUGCAUUGUCCCCGUGCCCUGGUGGCUCCCUGGUGGCUCCCUGGUGGCUCCUUGGUGGCUCCCUGGUGGCUCCCUGGUUACCAUCUCAGCUCCAUCUCCUCCUCCUCCUCCUCCUCACCAGCUCUAAUCCCCGCAGACUCGCAGCCGAGCGCCGGCAGCCAACAGGAGUUGCUUUGUCUGUGCUGACUUGGCACGCCCUGCUUCCACUCUGGAGGAGAUGGGGCGCAAGGAGGAGGAUGGCAGCGGCUCCUGGAAGAAGCAGACCAGCAACAUCCGCAAAACCUUCAUCUUCAUGGAGGCCCUGGGGUCAGGAGCCUUCUCAGAAGUUUUCCUGGUGAAGCAGAAAAGCACUGGCAAGCUCUUUGCUCUGAAAUGCAUCAAGAAGUCUCCUCUCAACAGGGACAGCAGCUUGGAGAACGAAAUAGCAGUGCUGAAAAAAAUAAAGCACGAAAACAUCGUGACUUUAGAAGAUAUUUAUGAGAGCACGACCCACUUCUACCUGGUCAUGCAGCUGGUGUCUGGGGGAGAGCUGUUUGACAGGAUCCUGGAGCGGGGUGUGUACACGGAGAAGGACGCCAGCCUGGUGAUCCACCAGGUGCUGACAGCCGUGAAAUACCUGCACGAGAACGGCAUCGUGCACCGCGACCUCAAGCCUGAGAACCUCCUGUACCUCACCCCCGAGGAGAACUCCAAAAUCAUGAUCACGGAUUUCGGCUUGUCGAAAAUGGAGCAGAACGGGAUCAUGUCCACAGCCUGUGGGACUCCAGGAUAUGUGGCCCCCGAAGUGCUGGCCCAGAAGCCGUACAGCAAAGCCGUGGACUGCUGGUCCAUCGGGGUCAUCACCUACAUCCUGCUCUGUGGGUACCCCCCUUUCUAUGAGGAGACUGAAUCCAAACUCUUUGAAAAGAUUAAGGAAGGAUACUACGAGUUCGAGUCUCCCUUCUGGGACGACAUCUCUGAGUCGGCCAAGGACUUCAUCCGACAUCUGCUGGAGAAGAACCCGAGCGCCAGGUUCACGUGUGAGGAGGCUCUGCGGCACCCCUGGAUUAAUGGAAAUACAGCCCUUCACCGUGACAUCUACCCAUCUGUCAGUGCUCAGAUCCAGAAAAACUUUGCAAAGAGCAAGUGGAGGCAAGCCUUCAACGCCGCGGCCGUCGUGCACCACAUGAAGAAGCUGCACAUGAGCGGCCACGGGGCAGCCGAGGGCUCUGUCCCUGUCCCUGUCCCUGUCCCUGUCCCUGUCCCUGUCCCUGAGCCCUCAGAGCCCCCCAGGGCCAGCAGCCCCACGGGGACCCCCCUGCCAGCAGCGCCAGGCGAUGACAAGGACACAGCACAGGGGCACCCAAACCCACCCAGACCCACUCAGGACCUGGGAACAGGGGAGGAAAAUCUACCAAACCCCCCAGAGGAGGGACCCCUGUCCAGGGAGAGCAGCCUGGACACCCACAGCCCCCCAAAGGAGGGACCCCUGCCCAGGGACAGCAGCCUGGCACUGUCAGACACCCACAGCCCCCCAAAGGAGGGACCCCUGCCCAGGGACAGCAGCCUGGACCCCCACAGCCCCCCAGAGGAGGGACCCCUGCCCAGGGAGAGCAGCCUGGCCCUGUCAGACCCCCAUAGCCCCCCAAAGGAGGGACCCCUGUCCAGGGACAGCAGCCUGGCCCUCCUGGACACCCACAGCCCCUCAAAGGAGGGACCCCUGCCCAAGGACAGCAGCCUGGACACCCACAACCCCCCAAAGGAGGGACCCCUGCCCAAGGACAGCAGCCUGGCACUGCCAGACCCCCACAGCCCCCCAGGGGAGGGACCCCUGCCCAAGGACAGCAGCCUGGCACUGCCAGACCCCCACAGCCCCCCGGGCAGGAGCUCCUGUGGCUGCAGCCCCUCCUGUGUGGGCCAUGAGAAGACAAAGGCGUCCUCCUGCUCCGAGACAGUGCUGCUCAAAAAGUCUUCGAGAUCCCACAGUCACUUCAAGUCAGAGGUUCUUGUUCCAGUGAAAACCAGCAAACACUCGUCUCACUGUGGCACUGGGCAAACUGGAGUUUGUUUGAUCAUGUGAUGGAGGCAGCCUGGUGGUCAGAGAACCAGAAGGGCUCUUUUACUCUCCUGCACUUGAGAGCAGACAGCACGGUGUGAGCAGGACUGGAGCUCUGCCCCAGUGACACUGGAGCUCUGGGCACAGCAGGGCCAGCGUCCAUCCCUGCAGCGAGCUCGGGGUGUUUCUGGAUCCUUCCAGCUGGGAGGAGGCUCCCACACCAGUGUACAUUGUCAUAGGGCACCACCAGUGCUGCCAGCUUCUGUUUGCUGUACCCUGUUUAGUUGUCAAUGCACAAAUGCACAACAUCAGCCCCACCAGCCAAAGGCAGGCACAGCUUUACUCCCGAGGCAGCUCAGUUGUUUUUACAGCCCUCACCCCAGGCUUUGGCACGCUGGAGUUCAGCUGCAACAGGAGAGAACCUGCUAGAAACAUCCCUGUGUCUGACAGUAACACAGCAAGGUCUGAGCUCCCCUUCCAAGGCUGUAAUUGCACAAUGAACACUUGCUUAAUAAAGCUGAGAUUUGUUUUCUAAA